CACUAUAUUCAAACAAGAAAGAAAUAUAUCUAGAGAGAGAGAGAGAGAGAUGGGUAAGGAGGAGAGAGAAGUUGAAGAGUUGUAUGAGAGAAGAGAAGAAAUUAAUAAGUUUAGAUUAUUUUGUUUGAGAGUUUUUUCAAGUUCAAUAAUGGUUGGAAUAUGUUUCAUAUGGUAUUAUAGGAUAAUUAAUAUUAAUAAUAUUAAUUAUAAUUAUAAUUAUAGAUUAUUGGGUUAUUGGAUUGGUAUGUUUUUGAGUGAGCUUUUCUUUGGGUUGUACUGGAUUAUUACUCAGUCUGUUCGUUGGAAUUUCAUUCGGUUUCAUCCUUUCAAACAAAGACUCUCCCUAAGAUAUGAGAAAAAAUUACCAAGAGUGGACAUUUUCGUGUUCACAGCCGACCCAAAAAUGGAGCCACCAACAUUAGUGAUGAACACAAUUUUAUCCGCGAUGUCAUAUGAUUAUCCAUCGCAAAAGCUUUCGGUUUAUCUCUCUGAUGAUGGUGCUUCCGAGUUCACUUUCUAUGCUCUCAUGGAAACCUCUAAUUUCGCCAAGUUUUGGAUACCCUUUACCAAAAAAUUCAACAUUGAACCAAGAGCACCACAUGUCUAUUUUUCUCAAUUUUCUUCUUCCAAUGAUGAUACUGAAUUUUCUAAGGAAUUUUUGGCUAUUAAGAAACUGUAUGAAGAAAUGAAAAAGAGGAUUGAGUCAUGUAUUGAAUUAGGAAAGAUUCCUGCAGAAACAAGAAAAUUUCAUAAAGGAUUUGGUGAAUGGAAUUUCAACAUAAAAAAACAUGAUCAUCACUCCAUUGUUCAGAUUUUGAUAGAUGGAAGAGACCCAAGUAGUGUGGACAAUGAUGGGUAUCAAUUACCAACAUUGGUAUACAUGUCAAGAGAAAAGAGACCACAAUGGCAUCACAACUUCAAAGCUGGAGCAUUGAAUGCUCUUUUAAGGGUAUCUUCAGAGAUAACAAAUGCACCCUUGAUUCUCAGCUUAGACUGCGAUAUGUAUUCGAACAAUGCUGACACAAUUCGAGAAAUACUAUGCUUUUUCAUGGAUGAAACCAGAGGAGAUGAACUUGCAUUUGUCCAAUUUCCACAAAACUAUGACAAUCUUACUAAGAAUGAUAUGUAUGCACAUAGUCCUCCUGCUAUUAAUGAUGUUGAACUUGCUGGAGUAGGUGGAUUUGGUGCAGCUUUGUACUGUGGAACUGGAUGUUUUCAUAGAAGAGAAAGUAUUUGUGGAAGAAAGUAUUUCAAGGGUGGAAAAUUCGAUUGGGAUGUUCAACGCGAAAAAAAUGCUCAUAAGACUAUUGAAGAUAUGGAACAAUCAGCAAAAAUUGUUGCUAGUUGUAGCUAUGAGAAGGGUACUGAAUGGGGGAAAGAGAUAGGAUUGAUAUAUGGUUGUCCUGUUGAAGACAUUGUUACUGGCUUAGCAAUCCAAUGCAGAGGUUGGAAAUCUAUUUACUACAAUCCGAAGAGGUACGCUUUUGUCGGUGUUGCCCCGACGACAUUAGAGUUUGCUCUUGUUCAGUAUAAGAGGUGGUCUGAAGGCUUGUCUCAAAUAUUUUUAUCAAAGUAUUGCCCAUUCAUAUAUGGUCAUGGGAAGAUUAAGCUCGGCGCCCAAAUGGGAUACUGUAUAUAUCUUUUAUGGGCUCCUCUCUCAUUGCCAACGAUUUGUUAUACCGUUGUUCCUUCACUUUGCCUACUUAAUGGUGUUCCUUUGUUCCCUGAGGUUUCAAGUCCAUGGUUCCUCCCUUUCGCUUAUUGUUUCAUAGCGAAGAGCGUUUACAGUUUAUCGGAAGCAAUAAUCCACGGAAGUACUCUAAAAGCUUGGUGGAACAUACAGAAGAUGUGGUUGUUUCGAAGAACUAGUGCUUUCUUCAUUGCCUUAGUAGACAUUAUCAAGAGAAAACUUGGUCUAUCCGAAACCACAUUUGUUUUAACAGACAAAGUUGUGACUGAAGAUAUCUUAAAUAGGUAUGAUGAAGAGGUAAUGGAGUUUGGAAGCUCAAACUUAAUGUUCAACAUAUUAUCAACAUUGGCAUUGCUUAACUUGUUCUGUUUAGUUGGUUGGGUCAAAAAGCUUGUGUUCGAUUUCGAUUCCAAGGCUAUAGAACAGAUGAUUAUGCAGGUUUUGCUUUGUGGGAUAAUCAUUGUUGUUAAUUUGCCAAUUUACAAUGCUCUUUUCAUUAGAAGAGAUAAGGGUUCCAUACCAACUUUUGUUAUGGUCAAAUCUUUUGUUUUAGCUUCAAUUUUAUGCCUAAUUCCUCUGUAUUAGAACAUUAAGAUUUGAUAAAACAGCUUCAAUUGAUUGAGGCCUAUAUGUAAAAUAAAAACUUACACUUGAUAUUCAAUGAGAAUGAUCAUAUGCUUUCUUUA